AUGGCCGACUUCGCACCCCCCAGCGGCCCGCCCCCGCCCAGGGAGCCAGAGCUGCCCCCGGGAUGGCUGGCUAGAUGGAACGACCAGUACUCGGAAUGGUACUACAUCAACGAGUUCACCAAGCAGUCGCAAUGGAACAAGCCCACAGCGCCCGCCGUCAACCCCAACGCGCCACACGACCCCUCCGCGCCCGCUGGCCCUCCUCCGGGCUACACCCCGGGCCGCAGCCCCGCGCCCCCGUCCGAUACCAAGAGCAGCUCGAAUCCGUUCGUUAACCACGACACGAAGCCCGGCUACGGCAGCAGCAACAGCUACAACAACGAGGACGCCGACGCCCGCUUGGCACGUCAGCUUCAGGAGGAGGAGAACGCCCGCGCGGGAACUCCUGGGAGCCGUGGCGCUGCGCAGUCCUACAUGGGCGGCCAGCAGGGCGGCGCCCCCUACCCGCCCGCGAACCAGUCGCCGUACCCGGACCAGCGAGGUUCAAGCGCCGGCGGCUCGUCGUCGGACAAGGCUAAGGGCCUGCUGGGCAAGUUCUUCGGCAACAAAAACAAGCAGCAGGGCGGCUACGGCGGCGGAGGCUACGGACAGCAGCAACAACAGCAGUACGGCGGCUACCCGCAGCAGCAGCAGGGCGGAUACUACGGCGGUGGACCGCCUCAGGGACAGCAGUACGGAGGCUAUGGAGGCCCACCGCAGGGGUACCAGCAAGGCGGCGGCUAUGGCGGUGGAGGCUAUGGCGGCGGCGGUGGUUACGGCCAGGCGCCUAAGAAGUCGGGUGGCAUGGGCGCCAUGGGCGGUGCGGCGCUCGGUCUGGGUGCUGGUGCCAUCGGUGGUGCGCUGAUCGCCAAUGAGAUCGACGACCACGAGGACGAGGCGUACCAGGAGGGCUACAACAACGGCAAUGACAACAACGACUACGGUGGUGGCGGCGGCGAUGACUACGGUGGUGGUGGUGGCGAUGACUUUGGCGGCGGCGACGAUUUCUAA